CACCAAGAACCAUUCAGUUGGAUCGGCAGAUACAUUUUUGUAGUGUGGUGUACACGAAGAAUCAACUCAAAAAAUGAACAGGUAUUUUGGACUUUUGGCCGCUCUGGUACUGGCCGUUGCCGUUUUUGCCGCUGAAGAGAAAAAGGAGAGCGACAUCAAAACCUACAAGAGGUUGAUCCCAGCUGAUGUACUCAGAGAUUUCCCUGGUAUGUGCUUCGCAAGCACAAGAUGCGCAACAGUCGAACCAGGCAAGACCUGGGAGCUCCACCCCUUCUGUGGUAGAUCCACUUGCGUAGUUUCCGAAGACAAGCCACCAAGGCUUCUCGAACUCGUUGAAGACUGCGGACCCCUGCCUUUGGCCAACCCUAAAUGCAAACUCGACGAAGAAAAGACCAACAAGACAGCCGCCUUCCCAUUCUGCUGUCCAAUUUUCAAGUGCGAGGACGGAGCCAAGCUCGAAUACCCCGAAAUCCCAACAGUGGCUCCUGUACCUGAAGAAGCCACCACCCCAAAAGCCUAGACAGAACAGUUUAGCAAAUCAAAUCUCCAAAUAACUGCUUCACACACUUAUAUUCUAGCUAAAUUAUUCUCCAUUCGAAAUGUUCCUUCUCCUUUUCUAUCUGUUUCGAGAACCGUUAUUUAUUCUUUUUCUAUCACUUUGUACUUUAUGCAACAUUUCGAAAAAAAACCUAUUCACCUUACAAACACUACAUAUCAUUAAUUGAUGUAAAUUUUUCUUUUUUAUGAAUCAAAUUAUUUCCUAAUAAAAAUAAUUUAUUACAUAAAA